UCUUGAGCAUUCUCACUGGGCUUCUGUCCUUCAUGAUGGACGAUGCACUGACAACUGGAAGCAUCAAGACAUCAGAUGCAGAAAAGAGGCGUUUAGCAAAAGCUUCCCUUGCCUACAAUUGUGAGAGCAAAAACUGUCCGCACUUCAGGAAACUUUUCCCAGAGUAUGUUGAGAAGUACAAUCAACAGCUACAAUUGGAGAACACUACUGCAGAGCCGGUGCCUCAGGAGAAUCCUGCACCUGCUCCAUCCCCUGCUGCCCAGCAAGCCCCGACCGUGGCCAAUAGGGCACAACCACUGGCGGAGGCGCGCCGUGACAAGAACCAGAAGAAGGCGGUGCCCUUCUGGAUGGUGCUGGUCAUGUUUUCAGUUUUCGGGGCUGUGAUGGCGUGCCCCUAAUGCAACUUUGACAAUAAUAAAGACAAUAAGAACGUGUGAUGCCAGGGCCGUAAUUUUGUAUAGUUUUCUAUUGGUUUGUCUGAGUGAUGGCUACUGCUAUGGCUGUAGAGUCAUAGAG